GCGUGAGGCGCAACACUCCCCGCGCAUGCGCAGAUCAGUGUAGUCCAAGUCAUGUCCGUGGGGAACGGCUGGUAGCUCACGCUAGUGUUCAGCGAGACCAUUAUCUGUUCUUUAUUUUGUAUUUAAUUGUGUAAAUGUGACGAUGAUUCUUACAGUAAAGCCGCUUCAAGGGAAAGAGUGUAAUGUCCAGGUGACAGAAAAUGAAAAGGUAUCAACAGUGAAAGAGUUGGUAUCAGAGCGUUUAAACAUCCCUCCCAGUCAGCAGAGACUGCUGUAUAAAGGAAAAGCACUUGCAGAUGAACACCGGUUGAGUGAUUACUGCAUCGGCCCGGAGGCCAAGCUGAAUCUGGUGGUGCGUCCGGCGGGCGAGAGGAGCGGUGCGGUGGGAAACAGCAGCGGUAGUCCUGAUAAAGCAGGCAGUGGUGUGUGGCAGUUAUUGUCAACUGUCCUGGCCAAACAUUUCAGCCCAGCCGAUGCAGCCAAAGUGCAGGAGCAGCUUAUUAAGGAUUAUGAGCGCUCGCUCAGACAGCUGAGUCUGGAUGACAUUGAGCGUCUGGCCAGCCGUCUGCUGCAUCCAGAGACAGAAGGCAUGGAUACCUCAUACAUGGACUAAAACACACUAGACUGAUGGAAACAGUGGACGAGCCACGGUCAGGGAGUGAGAUGUUUCAUGUGGACUUGAAGGGGCUUCUCUGAUCUACAAGAGGAAACCAGUGGUGCUUUUAGUGCAACUUUGUAAAUAUUGUGUGCAAAUUAUUGAGAGACAAUAAAAAGUGUUCUUGAUAAGCUUGAUCUUUUUUUUUUUUUUUUUUAAAUGUGGAUUUAACAGCCGGGCUUGGUUGUAAAUGCAUCUUUAUUUUAUUUUUUUUUGGUUUUGGUGCCAUUCUUACAUUUGGCCAAAAUAAAAAUUAUGCCUACAUUUUUUUUUCCUUUUUGGCAUAUAAAAGUGAGGAGCUUUUGGGUUGAUUAUGGAUAUAUAUAUAUUAAUGAAUACAAGCAUAGCAUAUAAAUGUCCAAAGGCAAA